CAAACCAAGCACUAGCUUCUAAGUUGGUAUCACAUGAUAGCAGCCCUAGGAAUUUUUGUUUCAUUUACGUGUGUGCAGAGAAUGAAAUGGGCACUUGUAGACUCAUAGAUGCUGAAUCCAGUUUUUCUGGAACCUUUUCUUUUACACAUAGAAACUUGCAGUUCAGAGAAAUGCUGAUCACCUUUUGCUUUCUUAGCAUCUGAUUGUGUUCCUGCUGCGGAUUAUUUUAGUUGUUUGAAGAAGAUUGGAAUAAAUCUACAGAAGCAGGAAAGAAAGCAAAAUUCAUCAGGCAACAGAGCUAUGUACUUGGACAACAAAGAUGAUGGCACACUCUCUAGAAAAGUAGAUAUGGAGUUGACACAGGCCCCUGUCCCGCAUCAUGUGGACUUGCUUGGAGAUGUGACAGCAGAACCAAUUUCCAACAACUUCAGUGAACUGAAACUAUUGAAGGAAAUGAUAGCUGUGCAGGGAGAACCACAAAAAUGCUAUCCAAACAGUGAAUCAGAACCAGACUGUUGCAUUACCCUGGGGAAAGAUUUCAGCCCACUUGCCAUGCAAGGACGGUAUCACUUCAGUUUCCCCAAAUUCUUCAGCACAAGACCCAAAGAUAGCUGCUUUACGGAAAGGACCCCUCUCUUGAAAGUUUCCACUGAGCAAAAUGGGUUAAGAUGCAUGGCUGUUCACAAUACAGAUUUCAUCACAGAUGAUGAUUCUUGGGAAAACAGCUUCGCAGAAUUUGAGCAACGAUCUCAACUGGGAAGUGAAAUGCCCAGCUUUUCCAGAUCCGCUUCCUCAGAGAAAUCUGAAAUGCUGGACCACUUUCAUGUCAAAUUCAAUUUAUCUAAGAUGAGGUGCUGCUUAAGAUUCCUAAAAGUUUCUGGCCUUUUUAUUUUUGUAGUUGUAUGCUCUAUUUUCUUUAGCAUUAAUCCUGAAAAUGGAGCUCCCUGGCAGAUGCUGGCUGUGUCACCUACGGAUAGCUACACUUGGAAUGUUACCAAUUUUCGUGACUCUGCCCUUCUGAAGGUGGAACUGGGAGGACCAUUUGAAGCCGAUCUUGUUGAUCAGAGACCAGAAGAAUAUAUUGUGAUUCAAAUUGCGCAAGUAGAAGAUUCUGGGCUUAGAAGGAGACGUCAGCAGCAGAUCUUGUACAACUGGACCCUACCUUUAAAUUUUAGGAAAAAUGAACAAGUUAUCGUGACUAGAACAUUUGAGAUGUUAAACAGCCGGGAGACCUCAAUAAGCAUCCAAGCUUUUCUUCAGGAAUCAGAUAUUGUUCCUCUUUCCAUGACACAUCAAUACCUUCAUGCAAAUGUAGAGACACAAGUAACAAUUGCAUCGGUCAUUUUAGCAGGUGUUUAUGUGCUGAUCAUAUUUGAGAUUGUUCACAGAACUUUAGCAGCGAUGCUGGGUUCCUUGGCUGCCUUAGCUGCCUUAGCUGUGAUCGGUGAUAAGCCAAGCCUGGUCAAAGUAGUGGAGUGGAUUGAUUAUGAAACUCUGGCGCUAUUGUUUGGAAUGAUGCUUUUAGUUGCCAUCUUCUCAGAAACUGGAUUUUUUGAUUAUUGUGCAGUAAAGGCUUACAGACUGUCUCGAGGCCGAGUGUGGGCCAUGAUUAUCAUUCUUUGUCUUAUUGCUGCCAUUCUUUCAGCCUUUUUGGACAAUGUUACUACCAUGCUGCUCUUUACUCCAGUAACCAUAAGGUUAUGCGAGGUGCUUAAUCUUGAUCCUAGGCAUGUCCUGAUUGCAGAAGUAGUCUUCACAAAUAUUGGAGGGGCUUCCACAGCUAUUGGGGAUCCACCAAAUGUGAUUAUUGUGUCUAAGCAGGAGCUGAGGAAGGCGGGAAUCGAUUUUGCAGAAUUUACAGGACACAUGUUCGUUGGAAUUUGUCUUGUGCUUCUGGUCUCCUUUCCUUUCCUAAGGCUUCUCUACUGGAACAAAAAGCUUUACAACAAAGAGCCAAGUGAAAUUGUUGAACUGAAACAUGAAAUCCAUGUUUGGAGACUGACAGCACAGAGAAUCAAUCCUGCCAGCCGAGAAGAAACAGCUGUAAAGUGUCUCUUAAUGCAAAAAGUUCUUACUCUGGAGAUCCUGCUGAGGAAAAAGCUCAAAACAUUCCAUAGACAAAUCUCACAAGAAGAUAAAAACUGGGAAACAAAUAUUCAGGAACUCCAAAAAAAGCACAGAAUAACUGACAAGAUGCUUCUCGUCAAAUGCCUGACUGUUUUGGGAUUUGUUAUCCUCAUGUUCUUUCUCAAUUCAUUUGUUCCAGGAAUUCACCUAGCUCUUGGCUGGAUUGCUAUGUUGGGAGCUAUAUGGCUUCUCGUGUUAGCCGACAUUCAUGAUUUUGAGAUGAUUCUGAAUAGAGUGGAAUGGGCAACGCUCCUUUUUUUUGCAGCAUUGUUUGUUUUAAUGGAGGCUUUGGCUCAUCUUCACUUAAUAGAAUAUAUAGGAGAACAGACAGCUUUAUUAAUAAAGGUGGUGCCUGAGGACCAGCGUUUGACAGUUGCUAUCAUUUUGGUACUCUGGGUCUCUGCUCUAGCAUCAUCCCUAAUUGACAAUAUUCCAUUUACUGCUACAAUGAUCCCUGUACUUCUCAACUUGAGUCAAGAUCCUGAUGUUAAUUUACCUGUGAAGCCCCUGAUCUUUUCAUUGGCUAUGGGUGCCUGUCUUGGAGGUAAUGGGACAUUGAUUGGAGCAUCUGCAAAUGUUGUUUGUGCAGGAAUUGCAGAGCAACAUGGCUAUGGAUUCUCUUUCAUGGAAUUUUUCAGGUUGGGUUUCCCCAUGAUGAUCAUCUCCUGUAUCAUUGGAAUGUGCUAUCUCCUUGUUACUCAUGUUGUAUUGGGUUGGACCUAAUAAUAUAUAUAUUUUAAUAUAAGUGUAUGGAAAACCAAAAGAUGCUUUCCAUCCUUUUCAGCCUAUACUGUACUUUUAAAAGGCUGUAUGAAAGCAAAUUGAAACACACACACACUUACUUACUCACCCACCCUGGUCCAGCUUACUGUUUCAUGAAUGAGAGCUCAGAUGUCUGCUUCAGAUUUUCCCACCUGGAAAGGAUGUUCUCUUUCAUUUCAGUGUGGGAAGCUAAUAUGUGUGCACAUUGCUUCUCAGUAGGUUGGCUGCCUCCACUGAAAUGAACAAGUAGUACUGUGAAUGCAAGAUCUGGCAACCAAACAGCUGAGGCACAAGACCAAAAGACUCUCAUGGGGCAACUUUUAAAGGGCUGAACCAUUUCAGAGUGCAAGUGGAAGAAUUGUGAUCUGAAUGCUCUACAGUAUAAAAAUGAGCAUGUUAAGGAAAAGGUUGGGCUUCAACCCUUCCACUUGACAUUCUAGUUUUGUGUGUGCAGGGAGAUUUUUUUAAAAAAUAUAGGGGAGCAUGCAACAUGAUCUUCCAUCUGCAGUCGGUAUUGCCAAACAAAUGUUGCAUCGAUCAUACGGCCUUUUGGAUACUAUGUUUCAGCUCCGUUAUUGGCCCCUAUGGCUUUGUGUUCUUUGAUCAUCUUCCAGAACAGAGUAUUGUGUGUUACGGUUGCCAGACUGUCUUGUUCAGAUAUUAGUAAUUUAAGCCCGAGACAGGUUCUCCAGGUUCACUUUUAACUCAGAAUUUGUGUAGGAGCAAUGGUACUCCAGUCCUUAAUCCUAUCUCUCUCUCUUUUUUUUAAUGGUCUUUCACUACUGUUCAUAAUUACUUUUCAUGUUUGGUGCUGCUUCCGUGUUCAUUUUGUACUUUGUUUCAUUCUUCCAGUGGUCAUCCUAGUUAACCAGGGAUCACAUACAGGACAUGAUAAUGUCAUGACUCUGAUUUAGCUAUUUGCUCAUGUCACUAAGGGCAAAUGAAGUCCAUCUAGAGUGACAGAAAUGCUUCCUAUUCAGGUCACAUGCUAUAGGAAAUCUUCGUCAAUCUGGCAUCAUUACAAAAUAAACACUUGUUUAGCUCUUUUGUAAUGACCUACCUGUACCCCACCCCCAUUACCAAAAAUUGGAGAGCUCACAAAGAUUUUGUGGAUCAUGGCCUGUCUCUUUUGGCUCAGCUCUAAUUCAUAUGCAUAUGCAUACUAACUGAGACACUAAAAUCACAAGGGACUAUAUUUUCUCCUGAAAUAAUGUAUUGCUAUAGUCUGAGUGUAGUUACAGUGAAAACUCCACUUGCAAUGGCAGGUGUUCAGUAGUUUCUCAUUAGAGCUUCCUUCAUCUUUGUCAAUAUAUUUAGCUAUUUGUAUUAAAGCAUGUAAUAUUCAACCUGUGCUAGCUGCAGUUGAUAUGCAAAUAUGCAAGCUGUGCAAAAUGAAAUAUACAUCAUUGUGUUUUAAAAUGGAACACAUUCAGACAAGGAUUUGAAACGGAAAAUUAUCCCUUUUAAUCUGUCCAGUGUUUUCCUACAAAUAUGUAUUUUUAUGGGAAAUGUGAUUAUUCUAUAUGUAGAGAGGUUUAUUUAACUGAGGAACAUCCUAAAACAUUUUGGAUUAUUAGCCAUGUUAUCAGGACUGUCUACCUAGU